AUGCGGUUUAACGUUGGUAAGUGUAGCAUAAUUCGACUUGGUAACAUAGCCAGAUCCGCCAGCACAAGAGACUACUUUCUGGGCGGUGCAGCCUUAAAAAAUGUCGAAGCUCAAAAGGACCCCGGUGUGCUGACAACGAGAUCCCUAUCUGCUCACUGUUCGAGGGUGACAAAGAACGCAAUGUCCGUACCAUCAAGCGUGCGUUUAUGGAUUUUUACAAAGACAUUUUCUCUAAAGCUUUUGGAAUAUUCGUCUGGCCGCACUUGGAUUACGGCCUGCAAGUUUGGAGACCGUGGGCGGUUGACGAUCAAAACUGCGUCGAAAGGAUUCAGAGGAGAGCCACGAAGAUGUUUAGGAGUCAAAGCUCCUUUCCUUAUGCAGCUCGCCUAGUAAAUCUAACCCCCUUCCCUUUGAGUUACAGGCAACUUCGCGGGGAUCUCUUGCAAGCAUUCCGCAUUGUAAAGGGGUUGGAUUUCAGCCUGGCCUUCGAGGACUUUUUUGAAUUUGCUACCACCUCUAACCUCCGAGGUCACGCGUUUAACCUGCGCAUUCAAAAAGCAUGGCUGCACGUGCAGAAAUUCUCCUCCGUUUGAAAGGUCAAACCAUUGAAUGCCCCCCCAGCAGAUGUUGUGAUGCCACCAUCUAUGCAAAGCCUUCAAAAGAGCCUCGACCAAUCCAUGUUGCGAAAUGGCCAAGAGCGAUGAGAAGUCGCGCUCAUCCCCUGUAACUUGCUCCCAUUUUGUCAUACCAUUAUGGGUUCGUUUGAACUAUUUUAGCUCAGAAACGUUUCCUCUGCACCACACAAUUUUGCGUUGAAAUAGGGCGCUCGAGGACUUACGCCUAUUUCCCUCAAUAAGCUGAACUGAACCAAACUGUCGCUGUAGAUCGGGUAUUAAUUCAAACAGGAAUAGGCGCAGAUCGAUAUGUUGACUUCCCAAGGCAAAAAAUUCCGUGUGGGUGCAAAAGUCACGAACAGGCAAUUAAGUACCAGUCUGAUUUUGGUCGUUAUCAUCAUAUAUGUAUAUAACAAUGUCGGGAGUACGAUAAUUAAAGAUUUACCAUAUGGAAUUCAUAUUACUCUUAGUACUUCUUGUUUGUAGAAGGGGCAUUACGUGGUUAUUUCACAGUAGUUAAUUGCCUUUGACUCGAAUGUUCAUUGAAAUUUCGGAUUUGAUUCUAUAAAGUCAUGUCCCGGAGAUUUAACUCAAAGUCCUUCACUGAGUAAUUUCUGAAAUUAUUCACUUGAUUAUUCUCUGGAGUUCAUAUACCAAAAAAACCUAGAGAACGCUGGGGGUCCCACUGAAGAGCCGAACCCUUCGCAGCUGUGUCACGCAGCAGCAGAAUAUCGGCGAAACGCAUGUCUGGGCUUUAAGCAAGUAUCUAGGUCGGUAGUACCGUAUAAUACAUUUAAUAUAUAUAUAUAUAUAUAUAUAUAUACAUAUAUGUCGAAGUCGAAAGUGUGCUUUGGGAAAGGAAGUUUACUGUGCAAAUUUUCGAUGCCGGUUUCCCGAUUCGUCGUCAGGCACAGACGGAAAGCCUAAAAGUAAGUACCGAUGAAUGUUUCCUGUCCUUUUACGUCGUUGCCUUGUUUUCUUCCAUACAACACGAUUUGGCGAUUGAAUGCGUAGCCCAACGCCUACAGAACAAUCCUAUUGACAUCCCAACGCACCACAUUAUUGAACUGCUAAAUCUUUGCCUUAGGAACUAUUGUCAAUUUGAUAAUAGGUAUUAUCCACAGGUAAAGGGAACCCCGAUGGGCUCACCAAUAUCAGCACUGCUCGCCGAACUAGUUUUGCAGCGACUAGAAGAGAUAGUUUUCCAAACUAUCAAGCCUAAACUAUGGCUUCGUUACGUUGAUGACACCUUUGUCAUAAUAAAGAAGUGCGAAGUCGAACGUCUUCACCAGAGACUGCAUGACGUCUUCCUAGCCAUACAAUUAACCCGCGAAGAGGCAAUUGGAGACAGCUUGCCGUUUCUGGACGUGAGAAUACAGAAGUUGAGCGAUGGUAGCCUGGCAACAAGCGUCCAUAGGAAGCACUCUAACUCUGAGAUUAUCCUUAACUAUGGAAGCAGCCACCCUGCAGCUCACAAGAGAAGCUGCGUACGAACUCUGUUCCAGCGGGCCUACCGUUAUUGUAACAGCAACGAUCUCCUGAACACAGAGCUUGCUCACCUGUAUCGGUUAUUCCGCUCUAACGGAUAUCUGAACAGUUUUUUAAAGAACUGUCUCAGACACCAGACACAGUCGCAAGACCCCACCCACAACGGAGAGAGUUUGACGCGAAAAUUCUGCUCCUUGCCGUAUAUGCGUGGAACUUCUGAAAUAAUCGCCCGGCAGUUCAGCCGCUUGGUAUUCACGUUGCCCACAAACCGGCAUCUGCACUACGCGCAGCAUUAUCUCGAGUGAAGGAUCCCAUCCCCAAAGAGCAAUAAACGAACGUUAUUUAUCGCAUUCCGUGUGUUUAUUGCUCUUGCGUGUAUGUUGGCCAUACAGGUCGAUGCCUGGGCAACCGCAUCAACGAACACAAACUAGCUAUCCGUUGGCGAGACCCCCUGUCCCUCGUCUUUGCUCACGCACUCGAGUGCGACCACCGAUUCAAUUGGGAUGGCACUGAGGUCGUCGCCAUUGCUAACACAAAACGGGCGAUAGAAUUUCUCGAGGCUUGGUACUCCAAUGCUGGUAGUAUCAACCGCCAUGUUGACCUGGAGGCCCAUUACGAGAGCCUACGCUCACGACUUACUGCCCCCUUCCCCAAUGCCACAUCAACCGCCGCUAAUCUGGCCACCCGGAGUCCAAUUGAUCCACCCUCCCCCUCCGGCACAGGUAUCCGUAAUUGUUCCGCCUCCCCCUCCCUCCCGCCUCGCUCAGAGACCUACCAUGACUUUGUGACCAUCCCUCUCAUAGGCCAAUAG